AUGAAAAAAAUAAGUAGAAGAAAUCUGAGUGUGAUGAGGCUGGGGAGGUGUGUGGCUUUUCUGGCCGCUGCUGCCUUCUUACUGCCAUUCACAAUACUCCUCAUGGUGGCAGAUCAACAAUAUAACCUGAGCUACAACUACAAAAGAGUAUUUUAUCAGGAGAGCGACUUCUAUAAAAUGAACGCAUCAUAUUAUUCGCCUUCAUAUUUAAGGACGCAGUAUGUCUUCGAUAAUGGGAGUCAUGAUGAAGGGCUUUUGACUCGGGAUAAAUUUCUGGAGGUCGGCAGUCGUAUGGAUGCUAGGAGAGAGUAUCUACGCAACGAAUGUUCCAGACUCGGCCUCGAUAGUUCAAGUCAUAAAGCCUACGCGUGGGAGUACUUGAUCAAUCGGCAGUAUCACGUUAUAUGGUGCAACAUUUUCAAAGCAGCGUCAACGUCAUGGAUGUACAACUUCAAUUUGAUGGCAAAUUACACGGCUGCAUUUUUGAAUAGAACGAAAGAAGUUCCUUUAGAAUUAGCAAGAAAGAAAUACGCGAGGCCGACGGUAGAAAUGAUUAGGAAGGCGCAGGGGGAUUCAAUUACAUUCCUGAUUGUUAGACAUCCUUUGGAGAGGCUGGCUUCAGCUUACAACGAUAAAAUCGUACACGCCUGGCCCAAGUCCUUUCACGAUCAAAUGGGGAAGCGGAUCAUUAAGAAGUAUAGAAAGACGAAUCAGAAAUCCGCACCAACUGAGAGGUACCCGAUGUUUGAAGAAUUCGUUACCUAUGUUUUGGAUGAAACGAAAAUGAAACGAACACGUGACAUGCAUUGGACGCCCUACACCGACUUCUGUACGCCGUGCAAAUUUAAUUUCGACAUCAUUCUCAAAUUUGAAACACUCGAUGAAGACCAAAAGUUCUUGAUACAAAUGGCUCGUCUCCAAGAGAUAAUCAAACCGGAAUGGCGGAAUAGCGGAAAGGGAACCAAUACAUUGCACAAUAUAAACCAUUUGUACUCGCGUCUCAACAAAUCUCAACUGGACGGCCUUUACAACCUGUAUAAAUACGACUUCCUACUAUUCAACUAUACUAUGGACAGCUAUUAUGAAAUCGUACAGAAAGACAACGACAACAACCAUGGCUGA